UUCUUAAUAUUAAAUAUCGGAUUUGGACAACGGCCAAAAUAACGCUGCGGCUGCGUAUUUGAUGUGUGUGCUAUUCAUAAGCACACUUGCUUUGGUGAGAAAUUUACCGUGAAUGAGAAAAAAAAAAUCCCUAAAUUGGCUUCGUGUAGAGGUAGAUCUGCGUCGUGAAGACGCGUUUCCGUUUGCGUCAGACAAUGUUGAUAGCUGCAACACUGCGAACGAUAUAAAAAGAAAAUAGGUUGGAAGAAGUAAAAACCAGCAAAUAAUUGCCCCCACACAAGAAAAAAAGUAUGUUAGCCUAUGCUCGCAGGCGUUUGGUUCACAGACCCAUUUUCCAUCGGAUUCGCUUAAUUGACACGUGGACUCCACAAAAUUCCAACAACAGCGCCAAACAUCAUGCAUCUCCAUCGCAUAGCAUACAAAAAUACAAUCACACUCCUGAGUCUAUUGAAUUGAACCUCUUUGCCCCCACAAGAUCUGCUUCUGGGCUUUUUAGGAUACAAAAUGGGUGAGAAAGACUCAGAGAAGCUCAUUUGGGAACAGAUGAGAACCCCGACAGCUGCCACUCCCAUUGCUGCACCCCAACAGCACCGCACAUUACCAAGGCUUCUUGUCCUUCUCAUCCUCUUCGUCUCCGUCACCUACGUCGUCUACACGCUCAAGCUCGUCUCCACCUCACGCGCCUGCAACAACGACGCCCCUUUCUCCACCGACAACUUCUCCAAAACCAUCCUCUCCGUCAAUGCCACCGCCGCAGUUCUCCGCCGAGGCUCCCUCGAGACGAAUCCCGAGGACCGGACGGACCUCCGCCACGUGGUGUUCGGAAUCGCGGCGUCGGCGAAGCUUUGGGAGCAGAGGAGGAGCUACAUCAAGCUCUGGUACAGGGCGAGGGACAUGCGCGGCGUUGUGUGGCUCGACGAGGAGGUGAAAUCGGAGGAGAGCAGCGACGCACUCCCGCCGGUGAGAAUCUCCGGCGACACGGCGAGGUUCAAGUACACGAACAGGCAGGGGCACCGGUCUGCGAUUAGGAUCUCGCGGAUCGUGUCGGAGACGCUGCGGUUGGGGAUGAAGGACGUGCGGUGGUUCGUGAUGGGCGACGACGACACCGUUUUUGUCACCGAAAACCUAAUUCGGGUUUUGAGAAAAUAUGAUCACAAUCAGUUCUAUUACAUUGGGAGUUUGUCCGAGAGUCACUUGCAGAACAUUUUCUUCUCUUAUAACAUGGCCUAUGGCGGAGGAGGUUUUGCAAUUAGUUAUCCUCUCGCCAAGGCUCUUCAGAAAAUGCAGGACCGUUGCAUUCAGCGUUACCCGGGUCUCUAUGGUUCCGAUGAUAGAAUGCAAGCGUGUAUGGCCGAACUCGGUGUUCCACUCACCAAGGAAACCGGUUUUCACCAGUAUGAUGUAUAUGGAAACCUGUUCGGGCUUCUUGCGUCUCAUCCCGUGACUCCAUUGGUGUCACUGCACCACCUUGAUGUGGUUGAGCCUAUCUUUCCUAACGUUACCCGAGUUGAAGCCCUACAACGGCUCACUAUACCAAUGAAGUUUGACUCUGCAGGACUCAUGCAGCAAUCCAUCUGCUACGACAAAUCAAAGAGUUGGACUGUUUCCGUUUCAUGGGGUUUUGCUGUUCAGAUAUUUCGCGGCGUGUUUUCACCACGUGAAAUGGAAAUGCCUUCAAGAACAUUCUUGAAUUGGUAUAGAAGAGCAGAUUACACUGCAUAUGCAUUCAACACACGUCCUGUUAGCCGAAAUCCAUGCCAGAAGCCUUUUGUGUUUUACUUCUCAAAGGCAAAAUACAAUUCUACAAUGCAACAAAUAGUGAGUGAAUAUGAAAGGCACCGCGUCCCUCAUCCUGAUUGCAAGUGGAAUAUGGCUAAUCCUGCAGCUCUUAACAAAGUGGAGGUAUACAAGAAGCCAGAUCCUCAUCUAUGGGAUAGAGCUCCAAGGAGAAACUGUUGCAGAGUGAGGAAGUCAAAGGAGAAAAGGACCAUGGUGAUAGAUGUGGGUAUGUGCAGGGAAGGUGAGGUAAGCGAAACAUAAUGGUGAUAUUAAUAUUACUGAUAAAUUACAUUAGGGAGAAGGGAUUCUCGUGGAGUUUAUUAAAAAGCUUAUUUCUUUAUUUAUUGGGUAGCCCACUCUGAGAAAAUUUUGUAAAUUUUCCCCGGGCUUCACUGAAAAGGGGUGAGAGUUGGGGAAAGGUCCAUGUACAAAGAGAUCUGUCAUUUAAACAAAAAUGUAGAGGGGAUGGCGGAGGGAGAAGGAUCAUUUGUAAUUUACGUGCUAUUGAAGAGAAUCUUUAGAUGCGUGAUUAGUGUGCCACUCUACUAUUUUCUCAUGCUUUAAUUAUGCUUUCUUCUCGUAAAGGAAAUAGCUGUUCCUCCGGACUUGCCAAUUUUAUAA